AUGCUUGUCAACAUAGUUGACAGAAGCAGAAAUGGCACUUUUGUCAACGGCAAUAGGCUUGUUAAAAAGGAUUAUAUUUUGAGAAAUGGAGACAGAAUCGUAUUUGGAAGAAGUUGUUCGUUUUUGUUCAAGUACUUGGUUGAUGGAAGGGAAGAGAAGGACCCGCAAACUUCUACAGAAUCCCCCGGGAAAGAAGAAGUCAAUGACCUUUUUAAAAGACCAACCUUGAGCAGCCAGACCCCAAUGAAGAGACCUCUAUCGUUGCAGAGGCGGAGCUUUUUUGACAGAUACAUUCCCGGGAAAGAACUUGGUUCGGGCCAUUAUGCAAUUGUUAAAGAGGCAACGGAUAAGGAUAGUGGCGAUGUUGUUGCUGUGAAGAUCUUCCACCCUCAACAGAACGACGACCAGAAAAAGACAAGGCAAUUCCGAGAAGAAACAAAAAUCCUCAUGAGCAUACAGCAUAAAAAUAUUGUUAAGUUGAUUGACAGGUUCGUGGAGCCUGUAAGCAAAGCACAGAUCCAAACAUACUUGGUUUUAGAGAAGGUCAGUGAUGGUGAGUUAUUUGACCGUAUUGUCAGAAAAACGAAGUUGCGACAAGAAGAGACAAACGCUAUUUUUAAACAAAUCUUGAAUGGUCUAAAAUACUUGCAUGCAAAGAAUAUAAUUCACCGAGACAUUAAACCCGAGAAUAUUCUUUUGAGUAUUCGGAGGCGGCGGUACCAGGAUGAGCAACAAAUGGGGCCUUGGGACGAUGAUGAAAUAGAUAUCACCAUCAAAAUAGCUGAUUUUGGAUUGGCAAAAUUUAUUGGCGAAUUGCAAUUUACCAACACAUUAUGUGGGACGCCGUCCUAUGUUGCUCCUGAAGUCUUGAGAAAAACGGGUUAUAGUUCAAGGGUCGAUUUAUGGAGCGCUGGCGUUCUAUUGUACGUAUGCCUGUGCGGAUUUCCGCCCUUUAGCGAGCAGUUGGCGCCGCCCUCUAUGAAAGAGCAGAUAUUACAGGGCAAAUUUGCAUUUUAUUCGCCGUAUUGGGAUGACAUUGACGACUCUUGUUUACACUUGAUAUCAAACCUAUUGGUAGUUAACCCUGCUUUGAGAUAUGACAUACAAAAAACAAUCGAGCAUCCGUGGUUUUCUCAUGCCCCUCAAACAACGAGGGCAACAGCCCUUCCCUUACAGCGAAAGUCAGCCGAAGUUGGCAAAAUUCCGAAAACCUACUCCGAGAUGUCAAGCCUUCAUUGA